AUGUGUUCGAUGGUGAAAGUUGAAGAGAAAAUAAAAAUAAAUUGCGGAGAAGAUGAAGAAUUAACAACAACACAGCUUAUAAAAAAGGUUCGGCCCUUUAUUUGGCCAGAUUCAGAAACAAAUGGAUCAACGAGAAUAAAAUUCUCCGUUCUGAAAACGAUCUUCUUGAUUUUCGCGGCGAAGGGUUUGAGCUUGGCGAUUCCUUUUUAUUGGAAAGAUCUUGUUGAUUAUCUAACGGCAAUCGACGAAAAAGAUGUCAUCUCGACCGCCGAAACCCUUGCUGCUCUAUCGACCCCUUUCGUCACCUAUGCAGCCGUCAAAUUGAUGGAACCGACUAUUGAUCAGUACAAAUCUUACACCUUCGCCAAAGUGAAACAAAGCACAACGCGUAAAAUUGGAAAAGCGCUCGUCGAAAAAUUAUUUGGACUUGAUCAUGCUUUUCACACUAAUCGCGAAACUGGCGCGAUUUUAAAGGCUGUGGACAGGGGAAAUCGAGCAAUAGCGACUGUUCUCCAUGCGUUAUGCAUCGUCUUUUUACCGGCUUUAUUUCAAGUAAUUUGCACUGGCGGUUUUAUUUGGUAUUUUUGCGGAGCUGUCUAUGCCUUGUCCCUCUUUCUUGCGAUGUUUGUUUAUGCGACCUUCUCAAUCAAAUACACCCAGUAUCGAACUCCCUUCCGAAUCGCCAUGAACAAAGCAGACAUGGAAGCAGGCAAUCUUGCAACAGACUCGCUCCUCAACUACGAAACAGUCAAGUUCUUCGCCAACGAAAAAUACGAAACAGAACGAUACGACGAAAAACUCGCCAAAUUCGAGGAAGCCGCGUUGAAGACCGAUCGAACACUGGCGCUCCUGAACAUGGGUCAGUUGGCGAUUUUGGCUUCGUGUCUCCUUUUCAACUUGGCAAUGGUCGCCGGCGUCGUCGAUUUCGGACAAGGAUCGAUUGCGAAUGGAGAAUUGACGAUUGGUGAAUUCGUGAUGAUGGCAAGCUAUUUCCAGCAAAUUCAACGACCGCUUUUCUUCCUUGGCUCGACUUAUCGAGACUUGAUUCAAGCAAGAACUGAUUUUGACAGUAUGUGGCGGCUGAUGGAGCAAAAUCCAGAGCUCGAGGAAGGUCCGAAAACUCUAUCGGCCGAAAAACAACUCGACAUUAAAUUCAAAGACGUCCGCUUCGCCUAUGGCAAUGGCAACAUCGUUCUCGACGGGGUCAACUUUUCCAUCUCUCCCGGCGAACGAGUCGCAAUCGUUGGUGGUUCUGGCGCUGGAAAAUCGACACUGGCGAAACUUCUCUUCCGAUUCUACGAUCCGAUUGAGGGUUCAGUUGAAGUGAAUGGGGAGGACAUCCGAAACUUUAACUUGAAAUCCUUUCGAGAAAAUAUCGGGGUGGUUCCUCAAGAUUGCGUUUUGUUCAACGACACAAUUUACAACAACAUUCGUUACGGAAACCUGAACGCGACGGAGAAUCAAAUUAUCGAGGCCGCGAAAGUCGCUGAUCUCCACCGAUCCGUUGCGGAAAUGAAACAAGGCUACCAAACUGUAGUUGGCGAAAGAGGAGUCAAACUUUCUGGAGGCGAGAAGCAAAGACUUGCUAUUGCGCGUUGCUUUUUGAAAGAUCCGAAAAUUGUAAUCUACGAUGAAGCAACAAGCUCGUUGGAUUCUGUAACCGAACAGCGCAUUUUGGAAUCGCUCGAAAAAGCCACAAAGAACAAAUCCCUUCUCGUUAUCGCUCAUCGACUAUCAACGAUCGUCAAGAGCGACAAAAUCAUCGUCUUGAAAGACGGAAAAGUCGCCGAAGUCGGCAACCAUUUCGAUCUCUUCGUCCUAAACAACCACUACAGAAAGAUGUGGGAUAUUCAGUCGAAUCAACAGGACACGAUAAAGAAGAAAGCAGUCGACAAAAACAAAUGCAGAAAAACGAUCGAAAGAAGUCUCGAGAAAAAAGGCUGCUGCGCCAAAUGUUAA